AUGAAGAACAUGAUACUUUUCCAGUUCUUCAUAGCUGUUGUUGCGGCGUCCCAAGUUUUACAAGGAGAUGACAAGAAUUUCGACGAUUUGGUUUUGAAGUCGAAUAAAACCACGCUAGUGGACUUUUACGCCGACUGGUGCAGGCACUGCAAGAAUUUGAUGCCUACUAUUAGUGGUAUAGCUGACCAGUUCGCCGAGAUUGAAGAAAUCCAAAUUAUGAAAGUCAAUGGUGACAAGAACGGCAAGAAGCUAAGUAAAAGAUACAAAAUUCAGGGGUAUCCAACCUUAUUACUUUUUUCACCCAAUCACACUGAUCCGAUCACAUAUGAAGGUAUCAGAGACCAAACUUCCAUAAGUAACUUCAUUCACCUAGUAUCUGGGCAUCAUGCAAGGCAAGAUUCACUUUAUGGCUACGAAAAAGAUGAGCAGAGCGUUUUAAAAGUACUUGAUGGAAAUUUGGGAGACUACGAGACUAGGGGAAAAACUACGUUUGCAUUGGUACAGUUGAAAAACGAUUAUUCGUCAGCCUUACUGAUCGCAUGGAACAAUGUUGCCGAAUACUCUUCUCCACACAAGUCUAACAGAAAAUUUAUUGAACUUCAACUAUCCGACACUAAAAAGUUUUUAUCUGAUUUUGCAGUCAAGGAUCUACCUGCCGUUGUUGUUCUCGAUGGUAUCAGCGGAACGAAGCUUAUUCAUGAUGUGGGGAUCAAAGCGGACUAUCUCUCUUCACUUGUCAACGGAUAUCAAGAUCGAAAAGUAAAUGGAGAGAUUGUACCUGACAGAAGUGCUGGAAGAAUCCUAUCCUAUGAUAGAAGAAUUAGAUUCACGGAUUCUAAGCAUGGACAAAAUUUACUUGAUGAUAUCGCUGCCGCCAUCGAAGAAAAGACCUCUUUGACUAGCGAAAAUGGUGCGGCUGAUGACCUCAGAAUGCACCUCUUUUAUCAGAAGAUGGUAAAGAAAAUACUACUGGGGAAGGAAAGCUGGUUGAAGGACGAAGCAGUGCGUUUGGAGGCAAUGACUGGAAACAACAAAGGUCUGAUAAACGAGAAGGAUCUUUUGUUCGCCAGAAAAAGAACCAAUGUGCUAAAAGCUACUAUUGCGGGACGAAGAAUAUGA